AUUUUUACUUUCAAUAUGAUGUUUUAUUUCGAUCUUCUGCUCCCAUCUGCUAAUUUAUUAUUAUGUGCUAAUGUCUUUCCUAGGUGCACUUCACAUUCAGAAACACCAGCUAUCGAUGAUGAAGAAAAGGUGGAUGAACGAGCCAAGCUAAGUGUUGCCGCCAAGAGGUUGCUUUUCAGGGAGAUGGAAAAAUCUUUUGAUGAACAAAAUGUUCCAAAGCGACGCUCAAGAAAUGCAGCUGUGGAGCAGAGGCUACGCCGUCUGCAGGACAGGUCCCUCACCCAGCCUAUCACCACCGAGGAGGUGGUCAUCGCAGCCACAUUACAGGCCUCUGCUCACCAAAAGGCUUUAGCCAAGGACCAGACAAAUGAGGGCAAAGAGCUUGCUGAGCAAGGAGAACCUGAUUCCUCCACUCUAAGCUUAGCCGAAAAGUUGGCCUUGUUUAACAAAUUGUCCCAGCCAGUCUCGAAAGCGAUUUCUACCCGGAACAGAAUAGACAUAAGACAGAGGAGAAUGAACGCUCGCUAUCAAACUCAGCCAGUCACGCUGGGAGAGGUGGAGCAGGUGCAGAGUGGAAAGCUCAUUCCUUUCUCACCUGCCGUGAACACAUCGGUGUCUACCGUAGCAUCCACGGUUGCUCCAAUGUAUGCCGGGGAUCUUCGCACGAAGCCACCUCCUGACGACAAUGCAAGUGCCACUGACUAUAAGUUUUCUUCUUCAAUAGAAAAUUCGGACUCUCCAGUUAGAAGCAUUCUGAAAUCACAAGCUUGGCAGCCCUUGGUAGAGAGUAGCGGGAACAAGGGAAUGUUGAGAGAAUAUGGAGAGACAGAAAGCAAGAGAGCUUUGACAAGUCGAGACAGUGGGAUGGAGAAGUAUGGGUCCUUUGAGGAAGCAGAAGUGUCCUACCCCAUCCUGAACAGAGCCAGAGAAGGAGACAGCCAUAAGGAACCUAAAUAUGCCGUUCCCAGAAAAGGAAGCCUGGAACGGGCGAAUCCUCCCAUCACCCACCUUGGGGAUGAACCAAAGGAAUUUUCCAUGGCUAAAACGAAUGCACAAGGAAACUUGGACUUGGGGGACAGGCUGCCCUUUGAAGAGAAGGUGGAGGUGGAAAAUGUUAUGAAAAGGAAGUUUUCACUAAGAGCGGCAGAGUUCGGGGAGCCCACUUCCGAGCAGACGGGGACAGCUGCUGGGAAAACUGUUGCUCAAACCGCAGCCCCGGUGUCCUGGAAGCCCCAGGAUUCUUCGGAACAGCCACAGGAGAAGCUCUGCAAGAAUCCAUGUGCGAUGUUUGCUGCUGGAGAGAUCAAAACGCCGACAGGGGAGGGCCUUCUUGACUCACCCAGCAAAACCAUGUCUAUUAAAGAAAGAUUGGCACUGUUGAAGAAAAGCGGGGAGGAAGAUUGGAGAAACAGACUCAGCAGGAGGCAGGAGGGCGGCAAGGCUCCGGCCAGCAGCCUGCACACCCAGGAAACAGGGCGGUCCCUCAUCAAGAAGCGGGUCACAGAAAGUCGAGAGAGCCAGAUGACGAUUGAGGAAAGGAAGCAGCUCAUCACUGUGAGAGAGGAGGCCUGGAAGACGAGAGGCAGAGGAGCGGCCAACGACUCCACCCAGUUCACUGUGGCUGGCAGGAUGCUGAAGAAAGGUUUGGCGUCACCCACUGCCAUAACCCCAGUAGCCUCACCCAUUUGCAGUAAAACAAGAGGCACCACACCCGUUUCGAAACCCCUGGAAGAUAUCGAAGCCAGACCAGAUAUGCAGUUAGAAUCGGACCUGAAGUUGGACAGGCUGGAAACCUUUCUGAGAAGGCUGAAUAACAAAGUUGGCGGGAUGCACGAAACAGUGCUCACCGUCACCGGCAAAUCUGUGAAGGAGGUGAUGAAGCCAGAUGAUGAUGAAACCUUUGCCAAAUUUUACCGCAGCAUGGAGUAUAAUAUGCCCAGAAGUCCUGUGGAGCUGGACGAGGACUUCGAUGUCAUUUUCGAUCCUUAUGCACCCAAAUUGACGUCUUCCGUGGCCGAGCACAAGCGCGCAGUUAGGCCCAAGCGCCGGGUUCAGGCCUCCAAAAACCCCCUGAAAAUGCUGGCGGCAAGAGAAGAUCUCCUUCAGGAAUACACCGAGCAGAGAUUAAACGUCGCCUUCAUGGAGUCAAAGCGGAUGAAAGUAGAAAAGAUGUCUUCCAACUCCAACUUCUCAGAAGUCACCCUGGCGGGUUUAGCUAGUAAAGAAAACUUCAGCAACGUCAGCCUGCGGAGCGUCAACCUGACGGAACAGAACUCUAACAACAGCGCUGUGCCCUACAAGAGGCUGAUGCUGUUGCAGAUUAAAGGAAGAAGACACGUGCAGACCAGGCUGGUGGAACCUCGAGCUUCGGCGCUCAACAGUGGGGACUGCUUCCUCCUGCUCUCUCCCCACUGCUGCUUCCUGUGGGUAGGAGAGUUUGCAAACGUCAUAGAAAAGGCAAAGGCCUCAGAACUUGCAACUUUAAUUCAGACAAAGAGGGAACUUGGUUGUAGAGCUACUUAUAUUCAAACCAUCGAAGAAGGAAUUAAUACACACACUCAUGCAGCCAAAGACUUCUGGAAGCUUCUGGGUGGCCAAACCAGUUACCAAUCUGCUGGAGACCCAAAAGAAGAUGAACUCUAUGAAGCAGCCAUAAUAGAAACUAACUGCAUUUACCGUCUCAUGGACGACAAACUUGUUCCUGAUGACGACUACUGGGGGAAAAUUCCAAAGUGCUCCCUUCUGCAACCCAAAGAGGUACUGGUGUUUGAUUUUGGUAGUGAAGUUUACGUAUGGCAUGGGAAAGAAGUCACAUUAGCACAACGAAAAAUAGCAUUUCAGCUGGCAAAGCACUUAUGGAAUGGAACCUUUGACUAUGAGAACUGUGACAUCAAUCCCCUGGAUCCUGGAGAAUGCAAUCCGCUUAUCCCCAGAAAAGGACAGGGGCGUCCCGACUGGGCGAUAUUUGGGAGACUUACUGAACACAAUGAGACGAUUUUGUUCAAAGAGAAGUUUCUGGAUUGGACGGAACUGAAGAGACCGAAUGAGAAGAACCCCGGGGAACUUGCCCAGCACAAGGAAGACCUCAGGGCUGAUGUCAAGCCGUACGAUGUGACACGGAUGGUGUCCAUGCCCCAGACGACAGCAGGCACCAUCCUGGACGGGGUGAACGUUGGCCGUGGCUAUGGCCUGGUGGAAGGACAUGACAGGAGGCAGUUUGAGAUCACCAGCGUCUCCGUGGAUGUCUGGCACAUCCUAGAAUUCGACUAUAGCAGGCUCCCCAAACAGAGCAUCGGGCAGUUCCACGAGGGGGAUGCCUAUGUGGUCAAGUGGAAGUUCAUGGUGAGCACAGCAGGUUAGUGAGCGCUUAUGGUUUUUUUCGGCUGAAAGAGGCUGGUCUGGCAGCCCUGCGGGAGCCAGCUUCUCCAAUGAGUCCUGUUGUGCUCUCUGCUAGGUGUGUGCAGUGGGGCACUGCAGUCAUGUGCCUCUGAGAGCCACCUAGUAAACAAUAGAGAUGAAAAGAAGUAAGGCCGAAUUCCUAACAACCUAGCAUUGCCGAGGCCGCUGGUGUUCACCUGUAGAAAUUGAACUUGCACGUCAAGUCUUCUCGGCUCCCUCUCUCUCUCCCCUGCCCCUGUCCCCAGAGCUUUUCUGGGAAA